CUGUCGGGUGUCUCACGUAUAUUAAGCAUAAAACUUGAUUUAUUGGUUAAUAUGGAUGACUUCUACAAGACAUGGACUUUAUUGCUUGGGUUUAUAGAGUCAUCGGCUCUUAACCAGAACAGCGAGGUCUCACUCUCUGCCCUCAAAUGCUUUCAAGAGAUUUUAUGUUUGACUAAAUGCGCCAAUAAUGACAAUAAUUCAAACAAUUGUCAAAACUUAUGGGACGCCGCGUGGAAUUCAUGGUUUGUCAAACUCUUUACAUAA